UGGACACGGAAGUGGUCGUCGUCGCAGCUGCACCGGUGGGAGCUGGGCGCGGGGAUCGUAGUGCGUCCGGCCAGCGGACGGGCGGCGGUGGUCUCGCAGCGGCGGAGGGCGCAGUCGUGGUCCGUUGGGUGCGCCUCUGCUGAACAACGAGCGACCUUUCAGCCUCUCUCCUGCCCGUCGAAGCCCCGCAGUCGGGGCCAGCUCAGCCGGCGUCAUCAUGACCAAGGCCGGUAGCAAGGGCGGGAACCUUCGCGACAAGCUGGACGGCAACGAACUGGACCUAAGCCUCAGCGAUCUGAAUGAGGUCCCGGUGAAGGAGCUGGCUGCACUUCCAAAGGCCACCAUACUGGAUCUGUCCUGCAAUAAACUGAGUAGUCUACCGUCGGAUUUCUGUGGCCUCACACACCUGGUGAAGUUGGACCUCAGUAAGAACAAGCUGCAGCAGCUGCCAGCUGAUUUUGGCCGUCUGGUCAACCUCCAGCACCUGGAUCUCCUCAACAACAGGCUGGUCACCCUGCCUGUCAGCUUUGCUCAGCUCAAGAACCUGAAGUGGCUGGACCUGAAGGACAACCCCUUGGACCCUGUCCUGGCCAAAGUGGCCGGUGACUGCUUGGAUGAGAAGCAGUGUAAGCAGUGUGCAAACAAGGUGCUACAGCACAUGAAGGCUGUGCAGGCGGAUCAGGAGCGAGAGAGGCAGCGGCGGCUGGAAGUGGAACGAGAGGCAGAGAAGAAGCGGGAGGCCAAACAGCGAGCUAAGGAAGCUCAGGAGCGGGAACUGCGGAAGCGCGAAAAGGCAGAAGAAAAGGAGCGUCGGCGAAAGGAGUAUGAUGCCCUCAAAGCUUCCAAGCGGGAGCAGGAGAAGAAGCCCAAAAAGGAAGCAAAUCAAGCCCCCAAAUCUAAAUCUGGCUCCCGUCCCCGCAAGCCACCACCCCGGAAACACACUCGGUCCUGGGUUGUGCUGAAGCUGCUGCUGCCUCUGCUGCUGCUGUGUGUGGCUGGUGGGCUGGUUGCGUGUCGGGUGACAGCACUGCAGCAGCAACCCCUGUGCACCAGUGUGAACACCAUCUACGACAAUGCUGUGCAGGGUCUGCGCCGCCAUGAGAUCCUCCAGUGGGUCCUGCAGACCGACUCCCAGCAGUGAGCUUGUCCUCCGUACCUGCUGCCUCCCGGCCUUGGAGCUCGGAUUCCUGUGGAAUUGGCUUCUGCUGGACACAACCUUUUUAGCGUCAGACCUACCUGCCAUCAUCAAAUGGCUGCCAGUUGGUACUUGAGACCUCCCCUUUGUAGGACUUCUUGUUGUUCCUUAGUCAGGAUUCCCUGGUGGAAUGAGAAGAAAUGGGAGGUGGGGAGGGAUAGUUACCUGCAUGCCUAAAGGAAUAGGCUUGGGGGUGGGGAGAGAGAAAACAGCCUUUUUUAGUUAUUGUACUAAGCUGUGUAAAGGCAAGGCUUGUUUCUACUAAAUGGUCAGCUGUCACUACAUUUAUACUUUUGUAUGUCACAAACCCUUUCUUUCAUUCCUCCCUGGGUAGCCCAGGCAGAUCAGGAGGCAGUGUGUUAUUGGGGACUAGGGGACCACCACAUUCAGUAAAUCCAGUCAAAACUGGGGAGGGGGUACCUAUUUCCUAAAAAAAAAAAAAAAAAAUUCUGAGACAUUCAACAUUUUAGUGACCAUCAAAACCUCUGGCUAUGAAAGGGACUUCACAACCCUCAGCCCCA